GAUAAAUACUAGUAGUAACGUUCAAUGUCAAAGAAAUUGUGAACGAUCGAUCUGCUGUUAUCUGUUUUUCGAUGUAAACUAGUUUAUUUCGUUUCAGAUGAUUAUUCCUCUGUCCAUUUGCCAUGUUUGCACUGACCGACCAUGUCAAUUGGGUCGAUUCUUCGCAGUGGGAGACAGAACCGAGGACCUAAUUGAUCUGAUCACCACGAACAUUUACUGCAGUUCUGCACAGCUAUAGUUGAAAGGUAUAUUAAUACAUGCCCAACAUCGCUAAUGAGGACUCGAUAUCGCUAAUCAAUUAACGACCAUGGGUGCGAUCAGGACCGGAGAGGCCGUCGAGCGCGUCUUCGCUCUUCUCUUGACUUGUUUCGAGAAUCUCGUCCACGGCGCCAUCAUCUAUGGCUGGCCAUCGUUCGUCUUCGUCUUCAACCAGCGUGGUUACUUCAAUGAUCUCUGCGAUGAUGACGGGCCCAGCGAGAAUACCACAUCCUCAAUGAUCCACAAUAUCAGCACAGACACCUCAAACCCCAUCGCAGUAAUUGACAAUGAUAUGCCGUGUCCGGAGCAGGCCGAUCGUCUUCAGCUUGUCUUCUCCGUCGCUACGGCUUCUCAGACCAUUUCCAUGUUUCCAAUCGGUCUCCUUUUUGAUCGAUUUGGAACUCGAAUAUCUCGACUAGUCAUGAGUUUCUUAAUGCUGAGUGGAUACUUAAUGAUGGCGUUGAGCUCCCCUUCCUACUCCUUCCUUCUCUUUCCUGCAACUGUUUGUUUUACCCUUGGAGGCGUCAUCUUGCUCUUAUCAUCCAUGCAGAUCGGGAAUCUUUUUGGAAGAAAUAAAUCGACAGUCAUCACGAUAAUCAAUGCCAUGUAUAGCGCUUCUAUAAUCAUGUCUGUUAUCGCCAAGAGAUCACACGAGGCAGGAUUCUCCAUCAAUACCUUCUUCUUCAUCUUGACUGGAUCCGUAGUCCUCCUCAGCAUCAACACCUUUGUCUUCCUACCAACAAAGUUCAUCCCCUGGCCGCUACCUAGGGGAUACACAAUGACUCCUUGUCGGACUCCUCCGACCACCAAUCCCAACAAAGGAGAGGGGGCAUGCUACCAAAAUCGAGGGUACGGAGAAGAUCCUUCAAGUCCGCCACAGAGUAUACAUGGUAGAGAGGAUACCACCCCAAAGGACAUUUAUCUGGACAAAGGUAAAGCAUGCAUAGAUGGAUGUACGGUUAAGAAAGUACCUACAAGUGACGGUGGGGAGUGUUUAAGCCAAAAUAGAGUAGACUUUAUCGGAAGAGAAAGAGCAUGUGGAAUGGGCAAGACUGACCAAGUGGCAAGUGACAGAACCGCAACUGCAAACGGUAAUUGCGAAGAGAACAAAGGUGACUACUACAUAAGCAGUAGAAGCAGUGAGGAGAUAGACCCAACCAUGAAAGAAUGUAAUGGUGGCAUCCUUCACGUCCUUGAAAAUGGACUCUCCGAACAGAACAAAGUGGACAUUAGCGGUGUAGAGGUUUGUGGAGAUAUGCAUGAAAUAGUAGGAGGUGGAACAGAUAAAGGGAUUGCUGAUGAAAUCGAUGAAAGGAAGAGAAAGGAGUACGGAAGCCUUGGCUCGUGUCUCUGGUCGAUGCCCUUCUUCUUGUUGCUCCUGUGGCAGGCUUUCCUAGAGAUUGAUAUGAUCUUCACGAUUGGAACUCUCAAUUUCUUCCUAACCAGGAUGGCCGACGGUGAUGAAGAUAUGGUCAGCUGGUAUAUAGAUGCAUUCUCCAUCAUACAAUUCCUUGUUCUUAUCGUUGGCCCCCUUGGAGGUCUCCUCAUGGACAGGAACAACGUCUUCACGUCUUGCUCAAGAACCAGAAAACCCAAGUUGAGAAAUCAAUACGCGGACAUCCGGGACAGCUGUCUACCUCUUGCCUUAGCCACUCUUGCCUCCAUUGGUUACUCCAUCUGUCUCCUGAUACCUAGUCUCCAGCUCCAAUAUCUGACAUUCAUCCUCCUCCUCAUCGUACCAUCUUUGCUAUUUGGUAUUGGACCAGCAGUCGUCGGCAUCGUCUUCCCGAUGCAAUAUUUUGCCAGUGUGUACGGUGCGAUGAGAACGAUCAGUGGUUUAUUCAGCUUCCUCCAGUAUCCCAUCUUCAUCCUAGUCCAGACGUAUCUCGACAAUGAUCCAUUCUAUGUUACCGUUGGUUUCAUCGUUGCUGAUAUUUUGACGCUUAUCUUACCUGCCGCCCUCUACGUCAAGAGUAGACAGCAACUUUUGGGGACGCAUAACAACGACAGGGCAGACAGGAGUAAUUAAAACCCUCAUUCACUCUAAAACGCAACUCACCAAAAAAUUAAUACACGUCAUGUCCUCAUUAUUUGAUAUUAUAUACAAAUACAUAACUUCAUGAAAAAAUAGGGACGAGAUUUCACUGCAAAAUCUAAUUUAUUCCUUCCAUUAAAAUAGAAAAUUUAACAGCAUUGCAGCAGAACAAGUGAAAAAGUUUUAAAAAAAAGAUAAUCAGCUUGCUUUAUUUGACCUCAAUGGGAGAGGGUAUCAUUACAAUCAUGUAGUAUUGUCUUUAAAUUGUUGAUGCAUUUUCAUAUGGUGUAGCUUUAUAUAGAGCGAUACACUAGUGCAUCUCAGCCUCACAAAUGAGUAUUGUACAACAAACAAUAUUAUUAAUCUCCAAAUCAGAUAGAUUUCCUGCAAAUUGCCUUUUACUUUUAUAUUAACUGUUUUCAAUUAAAUUGAUAAAAACCUAUAGAGAUUGGGUGGUUCUUUUCAGGACCAACACUUGCCCAAGAAAGAUACAUGGUGUACCGUGAAACCUACUACACUAAAAGCCUAUUGUGCAUCAAUUUUGGCUAUAUAUGCCAAUACCUAUAACUAAUCGGACUCAAAAUAAGAAUUAACGAAAUUGUGUGAAGUGUGAACUGCUUAACGUGGUGAACUGUGCCCUGUUUCAUAAAGAAUUGUUAUAACAACAAAUGCACGAUUUCUAUAACAAAUUUACUACCAGCCAAUCAGAAUGGUGGAUUUCAGUAGCUUUUAACUGUUAAUCCAAAUUGGUUAUUAUAAACUGUUUCAUGAAACGGGCCUAUUGUCUCUUAGAAGAAAGUUGGCAGGUGGUAGGCCUUGAGAUCGAAGUCUGGAAGAGCUCGAGAAAAGCGUGGUGACACACGGUUACCCUGUGGUACAGUAAAUGUGAAGAGGGGGGGGGGUAAGGAAGAUGGGUUGGGAUUGAGUAAAAUGAGAGGGAGGGCAAAAUAAGAGAAGGGGUUGAUGAAUGACGGCAAAAAUCGAGAAAGGUCAAGAUGGUGUAAAGGGAGGAUGGGGGUGAGAGGAGAAAGAGAGGGGAAAGAGAGGAGUAUAGAUCCGAGGGUGAAUAAAGGGAGAGGUAGCGGAGAGAAAGGAUAGAGAAAGAAAAAAACAGACACAAAGAUGGAAAGAAAGAUUGAAAGAAAGAGAGACAGAAAGAAAGAAAGAUAGAAAGAAAGAAAGA